UGAAAAAGUGGUGCACUUUGUUUGUGAAACGAAACGGAGAAUGUUGAAAAUAACAUAGUAGUAACGUUCAUUAAAAUUGUGAGUGUAAGCAAGCGGAUUCAGCAUAGUCACACCUUUUUUUGGCGCUAGGAACAACAAUAAACUACGCACCGACCCGACCGACGUACCGAUUAACGCCCUCCUACGCCCGCACUUUUGGCACCCGCGCUUCUACAUACAAACACACACUUAUCUAUACACCGCAUUUAUCACCUUCUCCGCCGCCGUCGCUGCCUUCCUUAUUUUGUUUGCUUUUGUUGUCUGCCAUUUGUUUUGUUCCCUUAAAACGAAAGGCGAAGGAGCGAACAAAGGCAAAGGAAAAUAGCAAGUGAGCCAGAGAACAAAAGCAGUGCAGUGCAAGUGCAUAGCAAGCGCAGCGGAGCGCAGAGGGCCGAGGCACACAUUGGGCAUCGGGAGUCAGUCAAACUCUAUGGGUCAAAAAGCAAGCACACCAGCGACCAGCGGCCAACAGAGCCCACGCUCAAGAACAUUUUCGAGCAGUUCGACGGGUGCCGCCGACCAAUCGCCGCCCAAUUCCGGGGUGCCCAGCCGUGGCGGCGAUGCCGGUCAAGGUUUCAAUUUGCUGCGCACAUUGCCGGGUCUACAGGUGUAUCACCAUCAGAAUUCAACUUCCAUAGACCGGCAGCGUGCGCGUAGCCUAAGCUCAGUGCCGGAUAUUCAACAGCAACAACAACAACAGCAGCAACAACAACAGAGUUCCUCAACGUAUCAUCAUUCAUCUGGCAGCAGUCCCCACACCCACACACAUCCCGCCGUCUCAGUGUCUGUGUCAGCGAAUCCAAAUAGCAAUAGUUUCUCAGCUGCAGCCAACAAUAAUAGUUCAGCCGCUCAAACUUAUAGUAUACAGCAAAGACGCGGUCUUGGUGACUCGAUACGCGAUAUGUCGAUGACGGGGGCUAAUAUUGUCGAGAGCAUUGCUCUGGCCGCAUCUGCAACAUCAGCGAACAGUCUCGGGCGAGUUUAUACAGCGACGUCACUUCCAUCGCACAUUUGGUCAUUCAAUGGUAUAAAAUGCCCCGUGUGCAAUAAGUUUGUGUUGCCAGACGAUAUUGAAUGCCAUUUAGUCAUGUGCCUCACAAAACCGCGACUCUCAUAUAACGAAGAUAUAUUAGCGGACGCCAAGGGAGAAUGCGUUAUUUGUCUUGAAGACUUAAGUCCAGGGGAUGUUAUUGCUCGAUUGCCAUGUCUCUGCAUCUACCACAAAGGAUGUAUUGACCGAUGGUUUGAAGUGAAUCGGUCAUGUCCUGAGCAUCCUGGCGAUUAGUAAUCCUCAUUAGUGCUCGUUAAGUCGUUUACACGUUUGUUCGUUUGUACAUUAUGCAAAAUUUGAAUGGGCAGAGAACUGCGUAGAGUGGCCACGGCUGAAUCCGCCUCUAUGUACAUAUACAUACAUAGGUGAGGUGAUCUGUAGCCAUAUCAGCUAUAUAGCUAUAUACAUAUUAUGUAUGUGUGAGGCGAUCAGAAUGAAGCAAACAACAGCCAUCGAGCAGGUGAAAAAAGCGCAAAAUCGAUUUUGUUUUUGUCAUUGCAGACAAAAUGAUUGAAGAAGGCAAAUGAUUGAAAAACUCAAUAUUGAAUGAUGAUGAAAUACGGCAUGGGGAGAGGCUACCAACACCCGAGUUGGAUCAAGUAAAUCGAUCAAUUGACCUACCGAUCGACUGCUGAUGGAACGUUACACUCACACCCACAAACACACACACACACGUUCACAACAAAAUUUCAAUUGAAAGAAGUUAAUAUGAUAGAGAAUAAAAACCAAAUAAGCAAAGCGGAAAAUUUAAAGUGAAAGUAAGAACCAAACGAAACGUACCAAGAACACAAAAUUUAAGCGAUACCAACAACCAACCAACCCACAACAACAACAACAACAAGAACAACAAAAAGAUAACGAAGAUGAAAUAAAAGCAUGGAAGCGAAGCAACCAACCAACCAACAAAAGAAUGUCAACCAAUGUGAUGUUAAAUUUUAUAUUUUGUACUAUGGAUAUGUAUGUAUGUAUGUAUAAUAUAAUGUAUAUGUAUUUAUUAUUUUAAACGAUCUGAAGGUAAACAGAAGAAACGAAAAAAAAAAUAGGAUAAACACAAAAUCUCCAAGUAAAUCUUAUGUACUAAAUUAAAAGUAAAUCAACCAAAAAUAAGCAAGCAAAACAAAGGCCACUAAAUUUGUACCACAGAAGACAAUUCAAUAAUUGCCGACUUUUUAAUUAAUUGUGUAAAUUACAUUCAAGUUUCAUUUAUAAUGCAGGAAACGGAAGAAACUGAAAUUAAUUUUUGUGUUUAUCCAUGUUUCAUAUUGUAUGCGUCAUAAAUUAGUAACUACUGUGUAUUUAUUUUAAUUUCCCAUCUUUUUGUUACUAUUUCCUUAAUUUUAACUAUUAUUUUGUAAUCAAA